ACAUUCGGCCAUUUCGAAUCAGCCGGCAUUCCAAGCUAGUCCUGCGGCAGAGCGGGAUUGACCUCUUCAAGCUACACCUCCCUAAGAACAUCCAACAAUGAACGAGACCGCCAUCUCCUUCGCCAAGGACUUCUUGGCCGGUGGUAUAGCCGCUGCCAUUUCCAAAACCGCGGUGGCCCCCAUCGAGAGAGUCAAACUGCUGCUUCAGGUGCAACAUGCUAGCAAACAGAUUACAGUGGAUAAGCAGUACAAGGGCAUUAUGGACUGCGUGGUCCGUAUUCCCAAGGAGCAGGGCUUUGUGUCAUUCUGGAGAGGAAACUUGGCCAACGUCAUCAGAUACUUCCCCACCCAGGCCCUCAACUUUGCUUUCAAGGACAAGUACAAGAAGGUCUUCCUCGAUGGUGUGGACAAGCGCACCCAGUUCUGGAGGUACUUCGCUGGUAACCUGGCCUCAGGUGGUGCUGCUGGUGCCACAUCCCUCUGCUUCGUCUACCCUCUCGACUUCGCAAGAACCCGUCUGGCCGCCGAUGUCGGCAAAGCUGGCGCAGAGAGAGAGUUCAGUGGUCUUGGUAACUGCUUGGCAAAGAUCUUCAAGUCUGAUGGCCUCAAGGGUCUGUACCAGGGCUUCAACGUGUCCGUGCAGGGAAUCAUCAUUUACAGAGCCGCCUAUUUCGGCAUCUAUGACACAGCCAAGGGUAUGUUGCCAGAUCCCAAGAACACCCACAUUGUUGUCAGCUGGAUGAUCGCUCAAUCUGUGACCGCUGUUGCUGGUCUUGCAUCCUACCCCUUCGACACAGUCCGUCGUCGUAUGAUGAUGCAGUCUGGACGUAAAGGAGCUGACAUCAUGUACAGCGGCACAAUUGACUGCUGGAGGAAGAUUGCACGCGAUGAGGGUGGAAAGGCUUUCUUCAAGGGAGCCUGGUCUAAUGUUCUCAGAGGCAUGGGUGGUGCCUUUGUCCUGGUCUUGUAUGAUGAGUUGAAGAAGGUCAUGUAAACUCUGUCCACUGUUCAAUGUGAGGUGUUCAACUGUAACAUAUCUUGUACAUUUGGAAGGACUCUCAAAUUCCGCCUUAUUUAUAGGGACCAGCUAGUAUGUCAUUACUAGUUGUACUGGGGGAAGUUCUGUUUUGUGGUUUUAUUUUGCCCCCCUUUUCUUUAUUUUGUUCCCCCUCACCAUACUGUCAUUCCUGUAAAGAAAGAAUGCCAGGUACUAAAAUCUACCUGUUUUCCAGCCGGUCUGUUUUUAGUCAUUGCUUGAAUAAAGACCCACUGAACGAACCUACAAAACAA